CGUUUAACAUCAUUUUAACCUGCUCUUGUUCUGUCUGAAGCGUACAUCGCUUAAAUGUGAUGUACGAGUACGAAAAGCCUUCAUGUUUCAAUCGCUGGUAAAGGAUACUUUUUCACUUGCAGAUCGAACAAAAUGUGACGUGGGCUGUGGUAGAACAACGGCGCUUAUUCAUUGUGUAGGGCAGGCACCCGUUCGUAUCAUGCUGAUGGUUUUGCUGCCUUACUUCCCAUAGCCAUCGCAAUGAGACACAUUCCCGGUUCGCUGCGAGAUAAGAUAGUGGCGAGAGUACAAUUUUAGUAUCACCACCAUCAGGUCGGUUGCUUGCAGAUAGGAACGGUCUUACACACGUUGUUGAAAUGAGUAUCGCCCGUAUGAGGUGUGACGGUGGUGGGCAAUUAUAUUGCCCAACAGUGCGCCAGCAAGACGAUGGAUCUUCUUCACAUGGACUGAAAGCUUGCCGUUGCCCCCGUACCUAAAACCUCCCCCAAGGUACGUCCGAUUGGUUAGUAUUGUUUUAAUUUUUUUUAUCAUUUUCCAUUCCCUGCUCAUAACCCACACCUGCAUUACUCCGCUGACUGUCAACCAGAGGACAGAGUCUUUAGAUUGUCGAGAUUUCUGUUUUCCGCACUCUGUUUGCUCCAAUAUGGCGCCGGAGUGCCAACAACGAGUGCAAUUGGCCAGUGCGUUUGGGGCACCUUGUGAGCCGGAUGCUACGAAGAUGUAAAUACUUUGAGAUACCGUCAACAAAUAUAACGUGGCAAAAAAAAGCUGGCUAUGAUAAGGCUAAGAAUCGUCUCGAUGGUUUUACAAUUGUUCAUCUUUGUAACAUUUUACCGGUGUGAACAUUACAUUUUAACCUAUUUUUAUAUCAGCAAAAAUACAUUAAUUUAAAAAGCUUUUGAAGGACUUUUGUACAUAUGUACAACUUCGUGUUAAUCUUUCUCUAUGCUUAUGAUUAGUUUAAUCUACUUUUUUGUGAUCCAUUUUAACGCAACAGAAAAUGAGGUUAGGUAAAGCGAAAAGCGUGUUUCACCUAAACACAUUUUGAGGUUGUGUGGUUCGUGAUGGAGCUAAUUAGCACCCAGUUACUAUAUAUCAGAGGGUCAACUUGGAACAUAUUGCCCAUCGGUAAACUUUUCGUACACUGUUAAAAAUGUAACACCAUCUAUUUUAAAGGUAGAAACACCUACUUGGGAAAAUAAUAAAAAAAACUUGAUUUUUAUGCAUUAUCAUUAUUAAAAUACAUAGAGUAGGCUAUGAUUCAGAUGAAUUGUAUCGUCGUAACCAUCAAAAAAGGAAAGUCAGAAAAUGCCACGCCGUGAUACUCGUUCAAAAUCGGUUCCUCCAUCCCGUAAAUCAACCACCACCGAUACAAAAUCUCAACAUGGAUCAGGUCAAAGUGUUCCCACCAAUGUAUCCGAACCCACGAAAUCGCCGACAGCUCCUACGCUAGCAACACCCGCACCAGGAUCAGGACUUUUCUCCCAAAUGGCAGCUACAGCCGGUGGUGUGGCAAUAGGUUCCGUACUUGGCCGAGCACUAGGUGGGCUUUUUGAACGAUCCGAACCAAAAGAACAAAAUACGGACGCGGUAGAGAAGGAGAAGAAGCCUGCAAUGGAAUCGAUCACUGCCACGACGGAUAAAAGCGGCCCGAACGAGGAAUGUAGCCUAGAAAUCAAGCAAUUUCUUUCCUGCGUUGAUAAGGAAAUGGAUGCAAAAAUUUGCGAAGGUUUUAAGGAAGCGAUGCAACAGUGCAAAACAAAAGCCGCCUCAAGAAUAUCUCUGUUUGAUCACCUGUAGCGAACUCAAUUGCGGAAACAAUCUCUAAAGGUUGGUUUGAAAUCGAAUAGAAUGUUUGAAGUGCUUUAAAAAAG